UCUCUUGACUUUGAGACAAGAUCCCAAAUGAACAAAAAGCAUUGUGCAGUUGAAAUGGAGUUUUCCUACGGAACCGGUCAGGAAUCUCAGCGCUUACUGCUCUCGCUUCUGCUCCUCGCAGCCUGGGAGGCAGGGAGCGGCCAGCUCCAAUACUCGGUCCCCGAGGAGGCCAAACACGGCACCUUCGUGGGCCGCAUCGCACAGGACCUGGGGCUGGAGCUGGCGGAGGUGGUGCCGCGCCUGUUCCGGGUGGCGUCCAAAGGCAGAGAGGACCUUCUGGAGGUAAAUCUGCAGAAUGGCGUUUUGUUUGUGAAUUCUCGGAUCGACCGGGAGGAGCUGUGCGGGAGGAGCGCGGAGUGCAGCAUCCACCUGGAGGUGAUCGUGGACAGGCCGCUGCAGGUUUUCCAUGUGGAGGUGGAGGUGAAGGACAUUAAUGACAACCCGCCUGUGUUCCCUGCGACACAAAAGAAUCUGUUUAUCGCGGAAUCCAGGCCGCUUGACACUCGGUUUCCAUUAGAGGGCGCCUCCGAUGCAGAUAUUGGGGCCAACGCUCUGCUGACUUACAGACUGAGCCCCAAUGAGUAUUUUUCACUGGAAAAACCAUCCAAUGAUGAGCGAGUAAAAGGUCUUGGGCUUGUAUUACGGAAAUCUUUAGACAGAGAAGAAACUCCGGAGAUUUUUCUAGUGCUCACGGCCACCGAUGGUGGCAAACCUGAGCUGACUGGCACUGUUCAGUUACUCAUCACGGUACUGGAUGCCAAUGACAAUGCUCCAGUUUUCGACAGAACACUCUAUAUGGUGAAAUUAGCAGAGAAUGUUCCUAAUGGAACGUCGGUAAUUAAACUUAACGCCUCAGAUUUAGACGAAGGAUUGAAUGGGGACAUUAUUUAUUUAUUCUCAAGUGAUAUUUCACCUAAUGUGAAAUCAAAGUUCCACAUAGAUCCAAUUACUGGACAAAUUAUGGUAAAGGGAUAUAUCGAUUUUGAAGAAAGCAAGUCCUUUGAAAUUCUUGUAGAGGGCAUUGAUAAGGGACAGCUCCCACUGUCUAGCCAUUGUAGAGUUAUUGUGGAAGUAGAAGACAAAAACGAUAAUGUCCCAGAUUUGGAAUUCAAGUCCCUAUCACUUCCAAUCAGAGAAGACGCGCCACAGGGCACCGUUAUUGCCCUGAUCAGCGUGUCCGACCGCGACGCUGGCGUCAAUGGACAGGUGACCUGCACUCUGAUGUCCCAAGUCCCCUUCAAGCUGGUGUCCACCUUCAAGAAUUACUAUUCUUUGGUGCUGGACAGCGCCUUGGACCGUGAGAGCACAUCACACUACCAGUUGGUGGUGACCGCCCGAGACGGGGGCUCGCCUUCGCUGUGGGCCACGGCCACCGUGUCCGUGGAAGUGGCCGACGUGAACGACAACGCGCCGGCGUUCGCGCAGCCCGAGUACACGGUGUUCGUGAAGGAGAACAACCCGCCCGGCUGCCACAUCUUCACGGUGUCGGCGCGGGACGCGGACGCGCAGGAGAACGCGCUGGUGUCCUACUCGCUGGUGGAGCGGCGGGUGGGCGAGCGUGCGCUGUCGAGCUACGUGUCGGUGCACGCGGAGAGCGGCAAGGUGUACGCGCUGCAGCCGCUGGACCACGAGGAGCUGGAGCUGCUGCAGUUCCAGGUGAGCGCGCGCGACGCUGGCGUGCCGCCUCUGGGCAGCAACGUGACGCUGCAGGUGUUCGUGCUGGACGAGAACGACAAUGUGCCCGCGCUGCUGGCGUCUCGGGCUGGAGGCUCUGGCGGUGCGGUGAGCGAGCUGGUGCCGCUGUCUGUGGGCGCAGGCCACGUGGUGACGAAGGUGCGCGCGGUGGACGCCGACUCGGGCUACAACGCGUGGCUGUCGUACGAGCUGCAGCCGGCGGCGGGCGGUGCGCGCAGCCCGUUCCGCGUGGGGCUGUACACGGGCGAGAUCAGCACGACGCGCGCCCUGGACGAGGCGGACGCUCCGCUUCAGCGCCUGCUGGUGCUGGUGAAGGACCACGGCGAGCCGGCGCUGACGGCCACGGCCACCGUGCUGGUGUCGCUGGUGGAGAGCGGCCAGGUGCCGAAGGCCUCAUCGCGGGCGUCAGCGGGGGUCGCGGGUCCGGAGGCUACGCUGGUAGAUGUCAACGUGUACCUGAUCAUCUCCAUCUGUGCGGUGUCCAGCCUGUUGGUGUUGACGCUGCUGCUGUACACGGCGCUGCGGUGCUCUGCGCCGCCCACCGAGGUCGCGUGUGGACCUGGGAAGGCCACGCUGGUGUGCUCCAGCGCGGUGGGGAGCUGGUCGUACUCGCAGCAGAGGCGGCAGAGGGUGUGCUCUGGGGAGGGGCCGCCCAAGACCGACCUCAUGGCCUUCAGCCCCAGCUUACUGGAGUCUAGGGACAGGGACUAUCAGCCUCAGACAACCGGGGAUUCCUUUGCAAAGGUUAGUUUAUAA